UCACGUUACACAACAUGUGGUGACGUCACGGCCCCGCCCCUCCACUGACUUCCUCGUUCGGCUCGGUAGUUCCGACUAGAGAAGCGGCCCCGGGAACAUGGCGCUGAAUAAGAACCACUCGGAGAACGGCGGCGUGAUCGUCAACCAUGGCGAGAGCAUACUUAAAAUGUGUAAAGAUGUGGAGCUCUCCUUCAGUGACAUGGCCCACAAGACCGAAGCCUUUAAAGGCACGAAGAAGGGGAUACUGUACCUCACCCCGUACAGGAUGAUCUUUCUAAGUAAGGGGAAGGAUGCUAUGAUGUCCUUUAUGAUGCCGUUCUAUCUGGUAAAAGGAUGCUCCAUAGAACAACCUGUGUUCUCAGCAAACUACAUAAAAGGCACUGUAACCUCUGAACCUAAUGGUGGUUGGGAAGGACAGGCCUCAUUUAAGCUUACCUUUAACAGUGGCGGAGCCAUUGAAUUUGGGCAACAAAUGUUUAAGCUGGCAACCAAUGCUUCUAGACCACCACAACAGCCUAAUCCGGGUUAUGGAUACACAUCUGCUCCUGUACCAGGAGUUUAUGUUCCUGGAGGAUACCCACCUGCCCCAGGAGGAUAUGCUCCAGCCCCUCCUGCAGGACCCUAUCCCUAUGUUCCCCCAACUAUGAAUGGAUAUGCUCCAGCACCUCAGCCCAUGGGUUACCCGUAUGCUGCACCAACAGGCCCUGGUAUGUAUCCACCACCACCUGAGAUGAAUCCUAUGUAUAUGGCACCUCCACCACCUUAUCCAGGACCACCUUAUUCUGGAGCCCCAGCCCCUACUGUUCCCUCCACAUGGACAGAACCUGGCAUGCCAGGAGGUGACAAAGCUGCAGAAGCUGCAUCCAGUGCAUACUACAACCCUGCAAAUCCUCACAAUGUCUACAUGCCCAUGGAGCGGCCUCCUCCAUAUGCACCUACAGAUGACAAGAAAACAAAUUAGAAUGGCAUGUUCUUCUGGACUGCUUCUAUGUCUUUAUAUUUUGGCCCACUUUGUACUUUCAAGUCGGUUCCCUAAUUCUCAGUUCCCUGUGGCCAGCCUUGUAAGAAAACUGUGGCAGGUAUCAAUGAAUAAUUCCAAUAUUUGUAUCCUAGAGUAUUAACCUAUUUAUAACUGUAAGAGUUGUGACAUGGAUACUAAUAAGGUAUGUUUACUUCAGUGAUCUCAGUGAGGUGCCCCAAAAAGCUGUCAAAUGCAACAUCAAGGUUUGCCUUGAUCUUGCAUUUAGGUUGUAUAUCAUAAGGAUUUUACAUUUUUAUUUUUUAUUUUUUGUUAGAGAUGAACACAUAAGUUGUCCAGGAUUCGAAAGGCAUGGCUGCAUUCUUCCAGAACCAGCAUCCUUUGUGUCUUUUGGUGUCUGGUAGUGCACCUUGGCUCCAUUGGAGUGAGUGAGGUUAAGCUGCAAUCCUCACAUAAUCUGUGGAUGGGGAUGGCCCUAGUUUUUGGAAGCAGUGAUGUCUUUUGAAUCCUAGACCACCCCUUUAAAGCAAGAGAAGGCUUUUUGGGUGAUAAACUGCACAUAAAACUAUAAGUUAAGAUACGGAACACCGAAUCAUAUUCUUGUUAACACAGAACAUGUAAUAAAGAUAUAUUUGUACAUAUAUAGAAAAAUGUAUAGGUUAAGCAAUAUUUUAUUCAUUUUCCUCUUUAAUAAAAAAAAUACAUAUAUUUGUCUGCUUGUUAAUGUGAGACAUGGGAUGUUGCAUCUUACUGGGGCGUGUGAUUCAUCUAAACGUGUUAUGUUUGGCACAUUAUAGACUUUUACUGUAUAUAUCUAGGCUUACAUUCACAUAGGAUGUGUGUGUAUUCUGUGGGGCAGUGUUCUGUAUGAAAUAUUGCCUCAGUCUUAAGAUGGAUUUUAAGCAUUAGGCUGCGUUCACAGUUGUGUUGCGAAUCCUGCAGGCUAUUCCGUUAGACCGCUCCAGCAUAAAUCCCAGUUGUUGGCCAGACAAAAACCGCUGCACGCAGCAAUAUUUGUCCAGCCAAUAUCUGACAUUUAUGCUGGAAAAGUGUCCGGAACACUGCAGAAUCCCAUCAUAGUCCAUGGUGAUCCAGUGGUACACGGUCGUAUCCAGCAAUUCUAGACAUGGUGAGCUCCAGUAGCCUGAUCCUCAGCCAGAUCAGACUACCAGAAUUCAAAUGUAGCUGUGAAUGGGACCUUAUGCAUUUAAUGAAGUAUUUACAUGGUGUGGUAGUGUUAGUGCAAUGUAUAUUUUGGAUCCCCCGCUCGUCAACCGCAACCUAGUCUUGUCAUUUUUAUGUUUUUCUUUUUUUCUUUUUUUUUUCUUCACAUAGCCUUUACUUUUUAAUAAAAUGAAUGGCGUGUUUGCAUAUUAUUUUCUGA